ACUAAGGUGCCUAUUUGCCAGAUAACUUAGAUCGUCAAUUUCGCGACAAACAUAUGCCAGCCGCGUACUUUGCUGUCUUUGCGGUCAAACUCAUCCAUAUCCGACAAUGCCGAACACCGUAUAUGUCGUUACUGGAACCAACAAAGGCAUUGGUCUUGGCCUAGUCAAGACCUUGUUGGCGAGACCAUCCACUACAAUUGUUGCUUCCGUCAGAAACGAUCAAGCUGCUGCUUCACUAAAGUCAAGCAUCCAAGAUGUAAACAUGGGCGAAAGUAGCGAGCUUUUUUUCCUGUUGCUUGACUUGAAUGUCGCCCCUGAUCCCACCGCCGUCCGCAAAGCCUUUGAUUCAGCGACUGGCGGUGCCGUCACUCGGGUUGAUGUUCUCAUCAGCAACGCCGCCGUAAGCACCUCAGCAUCGCGAUCAGUUUCAACCACUGCCGAGGAUCUAAGGAGCCUAUUUGAAAUCAACACGAUUGCACCCUUGAUGGUAUUCCAAGGUCUCUGGCCGCUCAUGGACAGACCGAGGGGGGCGGACGGCCCCACCGUCAAGUUUAUCGGAAUCACAUCAUCAAUUGGAUCCAUCGAAGAACAAGAGCCUCUUCCAUCUGGUGCUUAUGGUCCGAGCAAGGCCGCGCUCAACUGGCUGGUCAAAUCGUUACAUAUACAACAUCCAGACUUGGUUAGUGUGGCCGUUCACCCUGGAUUUGUGCGAACUUCCAUGGGUGAAGAUGCUGCGAGGAGGUGGAACUUCGAUGUAAAUCGACUUGAUACGAUCGAAAGCUCUGUAACUGGAGUUCUUCAGGUCAUCGAUGGAGCGAGCCGUGACUCCACGUCCGGAAAAUUGGUAAAAGAGACAGGUCAGGUGAUUGCAUGGUGAUGGGGACCACCUCACGUCGCACAUCCGACCGAGGUCUCUCAUUAGCACGACAUACCUGACAGACGGGGCUUUGAUGAAUGUUAAGAGAUACAGAAGAUGGCUUGUAUCAUGGCAGUGCUCCAGUAACUGCGGGAUGAGUAGCUAUAUUGGCCGAAUAUGUGGGUAUGACUAUGGAUACAGAGAGAAUUCUCAAGACGAAAGCUCUCACAGGCUGUACUCUAAUCAUCGCAUACCACAUCUUCAUAAUGAAAGAAAGCAGGUUCGAAGAAUUUGAG